UUAUUAUUCACGUGCGUGAAUAAAUGCGAAAAUUUUGUCCUAUUCUUGCCUGUCACGUAACCUUGUCUCUUUAGGAAUAAAAGGGUCCCACCAAUAACUGUCUGCCACGUCAUGAUACUCCAACAGAUCAAAAACCCUAUUCCAACACUAUAAAUUAAAUUUCUAACGCCCGCUCUUCCCAAAACCAGACCUCUUACUUUUCCUUUUUUUCCAAAUCGAUUCCAAUGGCACCAAAGCGGCUCAUCGAUGAUCUACCAUCGGCUCAUGCCGUCUCUGAUGCAGAAGAAGAAUCCGGUUUCGAAACUCUUGGAGAAGAUCCAGAAAUCAAUAAUCUAAUGCAGAACUCUGAGGAUGAAAACGAAGAACAAACCUAUGAAGAUGAAGAAGACGAGGAAGAUGAAGAAGAAGAGGAAGACGAAGAACAUGCAAUCCCUUCUCCUAUCGUAUCUAAACGUGAAAAAUCUCCUGAAAAAGAUUUUGGCUUCGUUUCAGAUUCCGAUUCUGAGAAAACUCAAUCCUCCCCUAGUGCUUCUGCUUUCACCAUCAAAUCGAUUCUUAGAAAAUCGGCUUUUGGGUCUUCUAAACCUAAGAAGGGUUCUCACAAAUCGAGUAUUGAUUGUGCUAUUGUCAAGCCUGUUGGUUCCGGGUCGAAGCGGCCGAUUGAGAAUAACUUUCAUGGGAAUGAGUUGAACAAGAAGAAGAUCAAGAGGGUAAUCAAUGGCGAAGAUAUUGAAGAAGGAAAGAAAGUUUCUGGGUCUGGAAUUAACAGGCUUUGGAGUGAGGAUGAUGAGAUUUCUAUAUUACAGGGCAUGAUUGAUUUUCAAUUGGCAAAGGGGUCUGAUCCUUAUGCUGAUAUGAGCCAAUUUCUUGAGUUCAUAAAGAAGAAUCUAAGCGUUGAUGUGUCUAAGAAUCAAUUGAUUGAUAAAGUCCGGAGGUUGAAGAAGAAGUACAGAAACAACUCGGAGAAGGGAAGGAAUGGGGACGACCCUGUAUUUUUGAAGCAACAUGAACAUAAAUCCUUUGUGCUGUCAAAGAAAAUCUGGGGCAAUGAAGCGAAAAAAAAACCAAGGAAACAAAGUGUGAAAGCUAGCAAUUCAGUGUCUAUAAGCUCGCCGAGAGUAGAUAUGGAAGCAGCAAAGAAAGAGGCUUUGAAUGUUGAGAGUAAGAUAUUGCCAGAGGAGUUUCUAUCUGAAUUUCCAUGGCUGAAAGCUUCGAUCAUGGUGGAGAAUGAUAAGUUCUGUUCAGAAGGGUUAAUGCGGCUUCUAAGAGAAAGAAUGCCAUCAAUUGGCAGUGAAAAGGCAAAAGAAUUGGAUGAAAAGUGGAGGAAAUUGGGAGAGAGUGAAGUGGAAUUGUAUCUGAAGAAGGUUGAAUUAGUUAGGGAACAAUGUAAACUAAUAUUGGAUUCAAUGGGGAAGGCAAGGAGAGCAGCUAGCUAAAGCUAAUCAAGGUAGUAACAAUUACUUUCUUGAGUAAAAUUUUUUUCUGCUCUGAAAUUCUUUGAACUAUGAGCAUUUUGGAGUAUACCUGUCUACAAUGGCUAGGAACAGUUGCUACUGUAUUUUUCUGAGUUUUAAUAUUUAAUAGAAGAUAUUCCUUUUGGGUGUUUUUACA